CACCUGCAGCGCCGGGCUGGGGACGGAGCCCGGAGCCCGGAGCCCGGAGGCGGCGGCGGCGGCGGGGACGUCGCCUGGGGCCUGAGUCCUGUCCGGCCCCCGCACGGCCGGCGGCAGGGCAGAAACCGUUCUCUUGGGACCAUUCAGAAGCAAAGAGACGCCAACGCUGUGACAUAUGCCGGUGCCACCGCCGCCACCACCUCCUCCUCUGCCUCCCCCUCCCCCACCGCUGGGGGCCCCUCCUCCUCCCCCACCACCAGCGCCCCCGGUAGGCACAGACACUUCCAGCCUGAGAAAGGCGGACCCCAAAGGUCGGAGUGCGUUGUUGGCUGAUAUCCAGCAAGGAACUCGCCUACGAAAAGUCACACAGAUCAAUGACCGCAGUGCCCCACAAAUCGAGAGUUCUAAAGGAACCAACAAAGAAGGAGGGGGAUCUGCAAACUCUCGAGGUGGAAGCACACCGCCAGCCCUGGGAGAUCUGUUUGCUGGUGGCUUUCCUGUGUUGAGACCAGCCGGCCAGAGGGAUUUGGCAGGUGGCAAGACAGGGCAGGCCCCUGGCUCCCGCGCACCUUCUCCCCGGCUUCCCAUCAAAACUCUCGGGGGCCCACCUAACCCCCCUGCAUCUCCCAGGCUAGGCAAUGCCUCUGAGGCUCAUGGCGCUGCCAGGACAGUCCCUCCUCGCCCCAGCAUGCCUGCCCCCCCUCCUCCCACCCCACCCCCACCCCCACCACCUCCCCCCCUCCCCCCGCCCCUGCCCCCGUCCUCCCCCAGCAAAGCUCCGCUGGUGUCCCCACCUGGCCCGCUCACCAAAGGGAACCCCCCUGGGGUUGCACCCCCUCUCCCCUCCGCACCUCCCCCUCCCCCUCCUCCCCCACCUCCUCUCCCAACCCCACUCCCACCCACCCUGGCCUCCGUUCUCGGUGACAGAGCAGCAAAGCCUCAGCUAGCCCCCUUGCACCUGCCGCCCAUGCCACCACCCCUCCCUCUUCUCCCACCCUGUGGGUAUCCUGGGCUCAGUGCAGAAGCUGCCAGCCCUGCCCAAGAUGUUCGGGAGCCUCCUGCCCCACCACCUCCCCCACCUCCACCCCCUCUUUAUGCCUCCUGUACCCCGAGGUCCUCUGUGCCUGCGCCUCCUUUGCCAGGAGCUAACAACAGUGGUGAAGCCCCACUCCUGCUGCCCCCCAAGUCUCCCAGCUUCCAGGCCCAGCCACCCAAGUCCGGCACGCAGGCCUUGCCGGUACCACCAGCCCCUCCGGGAUCCCAGAUGUUCCUGCAGAAGAAGAGGCCCGGCCGAGGCCCAGGGACCAGUGGCGGAAAACUAAAUCCACCCCCAGCACCCCCUGCAAGAUCACCCACCACGGAGCUUUCAAGCAGAAGCCAGCAGGCCUGGACCCCAACCCAGCAGCCCGGAGGUCAGCUGCGGAACGGAAACCUGCAUAUCAUCGAUGACUUUGAAUCUAAAUUCACGUUCCAUGCUGUGGAAGACUUUCCUCCUCCGGAUGAAUAUAAACCAUGCCAGAAGGUUUACCCCAGCAAGAUCCCCAGAAGCCGCACGCCGGGUCCCUGGCUUCAUGCGGAGGCGGCGGGGCAGAGCCCGGAUGACAUCAGGGGCAGGAAUUCUCAGUUAUCUCUAAAGACACUCCGGUGAGAAGACAGAUGAAGCCAAUGCCCUGUGAGCCACCUGGGCCUCCGUGUCGCUAGAUGGGCAUCCCCUGGAGAACAUGUCUGUCCACGUCAUACUUAAAUUGUAACUCAGAUGACAUACAAGCUCUGAGUGGAGCAUUUAUUUAUUGUAAAUAUGUGGUUUGCACAGGCUUUAAAUCAGUAUGAUAGUCGACUUUUACUUGCGUAAUUUAAAAAACCACAAACAUUGUUUCUCCAUUUUUUUAAGAUGCAUCUUGUCAUUCAUCUGUCAUGACAGAGAGAGCCCUGUCCCCACCCCAUGGUGUUCCAUUCCAUGAGUGUAAAUAUGUGUGCGGGCUGGCCUUUCCUAGAUUCUGAACUGUGUUUAGAAGAUUCCUUAGUUUCCAAGUAGUCCCAAAGUCAUAGUAUCCACAGCCGCUUCUUAUUGGCAUGAUUCUAUAGUCUCAUUGCACCAACUGCAAAGUCAAACCAAAUAAUGCCUUAUAAAUGAUGCAGCUCAGAGAGAGUAGCAUAUCCCCACACCCAGACAAUGCCACACAGCCUCCAGUGAACGAGAUGCCAUGUCUCGCUUCCGUUUUGCACACCAGGGAUGAUUUUUUUUUUUUUUUUUGCUGCCUAAUGUAAAUAUAACGCAAAAUAAAGGCAGGAGUGGGCUUGGCCCCCCCAAUGCCAACCACAGGGCCCUUUUGUAACCGAAUGAUCCUACAAGUAGCCAAUGUUCUUACUGUUUACAGUCCCCUAUGCCUACCUUCCCAUGGCUCUCCUCCUGUCCUGCUAAGUUCUUACGCCCCAUCCUGGCAGCCAGGGUAAAGCAAGAUUUAUGAGAUUUUGGGUAUUUUUUCUGCAAGUUAGAAACAUACAUAAUUACAGUAAAGUACAAAUUCUAUCUCAGAGAUUUUUUUUUCUCCCCGAGAGCAGGAUUUUCAUGGAAAAUAUGACAUGAGUACGUGUAGAUUGAAGCAUAUUAGCAAGUAUCUGCCUCACAUACCCGGUGCCUCACUCUCACCCUUAGAAACCCUGGAAGCACCCACCAGGCAAACUAGCUCCCUUCUGAGCUCAAGAGGACCUGACUGGUCUGAAAGCUCCCCCUUCCCUGUGGGGGCACACUUCUCUGUCGGGGAGAAGCGCACAAGUCCAGACACCCCUGAAUAUGGACUUGGUCAGGAUGGGCUCUGACUGCUACGCUCACACUCUUUUUCUCAAGCUGGCAAGGAAAUGGAAGUGUGGUUUUGCUUGCAACGGAACCCAAAUGCUCCCCAUCCUUGGAGGGGAGGCUGUCACGGAGGAAGGAGAUAAAAUAGAAGCAAACAGACUGAACCCCAGGUCUGUGCUCAAAAUAGAUACAGAUUAAAGGAAAUGGGAGGGGGAUGGGAAGAGCAGUGGAAAGGAAGUGUCCCCUGGAACCACUCACUCAUGUGCUCAGACCUCAAGGACACCGUGUCCAGACCACACCAGCCAAAAAAGGUAGCGGGUCAGGAGGGAUUGGGCAAAUGUGACUGCUUGCACUUUGCUGUUGUCUAAAGACUAGGAUGGCAUCCUGCAUCCUUGUUGUGCUUUCUCAUCCCAGAGAGAAGCAAGUGAGCAAGGUCAAGUGCCCUUCUCUGGGGAAUCAAUCAUGCCAAAUUAUAACCGCUUAAAUCAAUUGGAAAAGAAGCUUUUGCAGGUCAUCAGCUCGGGGCAUAGCCGAUUUGUUUUAUCGCUUCUGGAGGGUUUCCAAAAGGUCAGGAUUUCUUUAGUGUAACGGGAUCCACUCCAUCUCCCUCCCACUUGUAUAAAAAUAAUUACAAGGGCUUUAAUUAUCAUGAUGAAGAAGGCCCAAGACAAAGGCAAGUCCACCUUCAGAGGAGACUGGCUGCCCUGAUGAGGCGUUUCUACAUUCACGUUCUGCAUCACUGGAAGAGAAAUCAAAAAUAAAACUGUCAAGGACAGGGGGAAGGGAUGAAAAGAGAAACCAAAAAUUGCAACUAGGGAGAAAUCUCAGGAAUCUGGCAUCACGUCACUCCUCGAGACCUGUCACUGAAUCCACGCCCUUCACCCUCCUGCCUCUGGCAGGACCCACCUGUAGCCCCUUGACCAUAAACUCACGCAGAGGCACCGAGUUACAGCGCUCUUACCACCCUCGAGUCUUCUCACGGACACUGUCGUCUGUGGCUCCCCCGUGUUUCAUAUGUAUUUUAUAUUUAUUGAUGUGCCCUCCGCAGACUCAUUUCUUUGUAUCUAAUAAACUUUAAUAAGUGGAAA